AUGGUCAUCCGUACUAUGAGCAGCUUGCGCAAUGCGUCCACGACCCAAACAUUCGACCAUGCCAGUCCGGCCUAUCGAUCGACGUACACACUCGCACUGACCGGUCGAGACUGGUCGCCGCCUCCCAGUCGACCUGCGCCGAUAUUUGCCACAGCGCUCAGUCAUUCUGCCACUCUGCCGACCGAGUCAGAUUUUGAUCGUGUGACCAUCAAUGUCAACAGCGAAGGUGCUUGCGAACCACGCUAUGACGAAGACGGCAGGGAAGUGGACGAGCGAGGCUUUCCGGCCACACUGGUACCUUCCGGCGCACUUGACCCCCAUGUUUAUCCUCGCUCGGACUUGGCACCCGCUAUCGGCACAGAAUUCGAUCCGUCCGUUCAACUGGCUGACAUUCUCGACGCGCCAAACUCGGCAGACAUCCUGAGAGAUCUUGCUAUUCUCAUCUCGCAUCGUGGCGUAGUCUUUUUCAAGCAUCAGGACAUUCUGACACCUCAGCAACUCGCCACCGUGACCAAGCUGCUCGGCGAGCUGUCCGGUAGCCCAAAGGCGUCAGGUCUUCACAUCCAUCCUCUCACAUCGGACUUCAGCGAAUCGGGCGAGUUCAUCGGCAAGAUAUCCAACGAGCGAGAAGCGAACGGCGCACAGAUCUCAUUUGCGGAUGAGCGCAGCAACUUCGCCUCGGCUGGCUGGCAUACCGACAUCUCGUUUGAGCCUGUUCCCAGCAACUUUGCCGCUCUUAGGAUGCACACGCUCCCUCCGACGGGCGGCGACACCCUGUGGGCAAGCUCGUAUGCCGCGUAUGAGAAGCUCUCGCCCGCGAUGGCGCAGAUGCUUGAAGGGUGCACUGCAACGCAUCAUGCAGACAUGUUUAAAGAGCAAGCCAGUCGCUACGGCUUCCCUCUUCGCACGGAAGCACGCGGCCACCCGCUCAAUGUCGGUGACCAUCUAUCGGCCUCUCAUCCGGUCAUCCGAACCAACCCUGUCACGGGCCUGAAAGGACUCUUUGUCAACAAGAGCUUCACCAAGCGGAUCAAUGAGCUCUCUCGGGACGAGUCCAACAUCGUGCUCGAAUACCUGUACAGGCUCAUCUCUGACAACCACGACAUCCAAGUGCGAUACCGCUGGGGUCUCUCAGACGUUGCCAUAUGGAGCAACACGAGCACACAGCACUGCGCCACCUUCGACUAUGAUGGUCCUCGAGGAGGCGACAGAGCAGUCUCGCUCGGCGAAGUGCCGUACUAUGAUCCUGCCUCGCGCUCUCGCAAGGAAGCGCUCGAGGCUGCCUAUGCUGUCUGA